CUCUAUUGUUUUAGGGCGUUUCCGCCGUUGGAAAUUACUAGAUAAUUUUUCUUGCGAUAUUUCUCGUGAUAUCACUAAUUUAAACCGUGUAAAGACGUUACGGUCCGUUUCCUUUCCGCCGAACAGUCUUAAAUCACUUCCGCUGCUGUUGCUGCGACAACAGACGUCAUCAUCAAUGGCGGACAAGGAGAAACGCCGGUCUGGGGCAACUCCUCCAGGGAUGCCCGAGGGCAAGGCCACCAAGUCGGACAGCGACAGGGAGUUUCUGUCGCAGGCUGGGGUGGGAGAGCUGAUCCGCGGGGCCAUCCUUAAGAUGGUCGAGGCCAGAUCAGAUGAUCCCAUCGGGUUCCUGGCCGACCACUUCUGCCACCUCGCCUCUGUGACGGACACCGGCACAGCUGGAUGCGGCGAUGGGGAUCAGUUCAACAACAGCUCCCCGAGCGCAGCCGCGCAGGAGCAACAGCAUCUCAACCGGGCGCUGUGGCACCUGCGGCUGGCGCAUCACUCCCAGAGAUCUGCCUUCAGCAACAAUGUACGUGUGGCCUACGACCUUUUGAACCUCACUGGGCCCCGUAGACGUCCAGGUGAGGUCCUUGAAGGCCCUGACGGCUCCUGCAGUGACAGCCCAACAGAAGGAGGAGGAGUGAGAGGAGGACUCUACACACAGACUCUGCAGUGCCUGUGCAGUGAGGGUGGAGUCCCUGCCUCCACCUCCGCCCCUCUCCUCCGACGCCUCCAUUGCCAAGACCAUGAGGCCGUCCCUUAUGAUGUUUUCCGUCACGGUGUGCUCACAUGUGCAGUUUUCUCAGACUACAUCCGGCAGGCUCAGAAGCUUUAUGCUGAAGUGUGCUGCCCAGAUGAAGGGCCUGCCUCUCGGGCACUGUGCCUGGCUGUGCUGGGGACACUGAAGGAAGCCCUGGAGACCUCCCAAGGUUGUGAUGCAAACUGCUGUGCUAAUGCUAACACUAAAGCUAACUCCUGUCUGGAGGCUAACGUGAAGGCCAUACGCUACCUGGAGGCCAGUGCCAAGAUCUCUCCAUACAAGCUGGCUCAGGCUAUAGCGGGAGCACAGACACGGGGCCCAGGUGGUAACAUGGACGCAAAGGAGUUUGAGAACGCAGCAGCACAGGUCUUCAUCUCUCGGGUUAAAGUUGUGUCCUAGGCCUCAUGUAUGUUUUCACAUAAUUUACAAUGUGCAGCAAUCUAGAGUAAAUCCUAAAUAACCUUCUUUGUACCUUGUCCAACCUCAACUGCUACUGAAUGCUGAAAUAACGAGAAAUAACAAAGAAGAGCACUUCUAUCAUUUGGAAGAUAAACACUAAUUCUAAAAAAUUUGAUGUGUGUUCUUAAAUUGAUUAAAGCAAAGGAGAUUGCUGUGAAGCAAGUAUCUACUAUGCUGUGUGAAAGAUGGUCAGUUCCUUUCAUAAAUAUAUCACUGAGGAUCUGUAUUUAUCCUGACAAUUUCCAUUAUUAUGAAUCUCUCAGAUCAGAAAACAACACUCUACUCAUCUAUAUCUAAUAUAAUCCACUACAACAACCCUGUAACAAAUCCUCCUUUCUUUAACUUUUAAAGAACUUUUAUGACAGGGAUUUUGUUUAAACUCUAGUUUAUGAUACUGUUGAAAUGUAUAGCAUUACAUUGAAGUGUUUCUAAUGUUUUGCUAACCACUUAUUAGAAGCAGUUAGCCUGUCGGACAGGAGCCAUUUUCAUAUGCUGUUCCAAAGCGCAGUAGCAGAAAAUAUUUUGGGGAAUAAAUGUGGAAUACAGGAAAGGAGUUGUGCACAUUGAUGUUCACUGCGUGUAUCUGCCACUAAAAAUAAUGCAAAAAAAGUGUCACACAUUUCCAAACAUUGACAGAGAAGUCUGUCAUUUAAUGACUACACACAGCGGUUGGAAAAAUAAAGAUGAGAGCAAUAAGAAAGAAUAAAAGAGCUUUUCAUUUUCUUCUCCGUAUAACUUGGACUCACUGACAACUGAGCGAACCCUCAGACAAAAGAUGGUGGGCUUGGUCAAGCUAAAAGAGCAGAACUACACGUUCUCAAGAAAAAAGUCAUCAAACAACCUGAAAAGAGCAAUGCAUUUCUAAUUUGCAGGUUGAAAGAUG